GGAGAUGCAGGUGAUGGUGGCUAAGGAAGUGGAGGCACAGUUUGUGGAGUUGAUGGUCCCUCUUUAUUCUUAUGGCUGUGGAAAGAAAAUCAAGAAAGCCUUGGCCCAUUUCAAAGGUAUUUACUCGGUAAACGUGGAUUAUAAACAGCAAAAGGUGAUGGUAUGGGGAAUCUGCAACAAGAACGAGGUGUUGUCCGCCGUUAGAACCAAGAGAAAAGGAGCUCGUUUCUGGAACCAGCUGGAAGAUGAUCUUCAGGAGGACUCACCCUCUCUUCGUAGAUGUAGAUCGAUCAAGGGAGCACCAUUUGGGCCUUUGUCUCUAAACUGGAAAGCCGCAUGGAAGAAGGUCUUCAACAGAUCCAACUCCUUCUAACAAUGAAUUUGCUAUGUGCACUUUUAACAUUGCUGCAAACCUGCCUUACUUUGACUCCGUUCUUAAUUUUCUUUCCCUGUAAAAUGCUUCAUUUUCUUAUAAAUUGAAGCUUUCGGUCAUAAUUAACUCUCAAUCAAAGAAAUGGAGAUGAUCCCGAAUGCCAAGCUUAUAUACUUGUCAAUUAAUAUUAAUAUUGUGCCUUUUUUGUA